AUGUCCGAACCACGCAAGACUAGCCGGUCUCGCAACGGCGCUGCACCUGCUCAAGCAAAGCCACCUCACUGGCGUGAUGCAAGAGCUGCGCACCGAGCUGAUGAUUCGAUGGCGAAAUUGGAACCAUGUCUAACGGCCUACGGCUGUCGGGGUGUGUAUCACAAGCUCCGAGUCUUUGGGCAUGUUGGGAUGCAGCUGAUGCUGCUAGGAUACCUAAUUGUUGGGCUGGGAUAUGGAUAUGAUUGGUCAUGGUGA